UUGGUUUGAUUUGUUAUUUUACUGUGAAUUGCAGCAGGUUUUUCCCUCACCCCAAAUUCGUGGUGUGGAUUGGAAUUUGUUUGUUGUGGCUGAUGAUGGGUCCUGUGAGAGGUUACAAGAAGAGAAAAAAGCAAGACAAGAAGCAUGAUGAGAAUGGUUCUUCUGCUUCUGGGUCCCCUCAAAAUAAAGAGGGUCCUCUAGAUUGGUGGCAUGACUUCUCAAAGAGGAUUAAUGGUCUUCAGCAGUCUCCAUCAAAGUCUUUGGAUAGCUUUCAGGCUGUUUUCAAGAUCUCAAGAAACACAUUUGAGUACAUAUGCUCACUUGUUAAGGAAGAUAUGAAGACAAAAUCAGCACAUUUUAUAUUUACAAGUGGCAAGCCAAUGUCUUUAUAUGAUCAGGUAGCCGUGGCAUUACGAAGGCUGGGAUCAGGUGAUUCGCUGGUCACAAUUGGUGACUCGUUCGGGCUAAACCACUCAACUGUCUCACAAGUCACUUGGCGAUUUGUCGAAUCCAUGGAAGAAAGAGGGCUACACCACUUGCAAUGGCCUACCGAAUCAGAAAUGGUUGCAAUCAAAUCCAAAUUCGAGCAAGUACGUGGCCUUCCCAACUGCUGUGGUGUAAUUGAUGCUACACACAUUACAAUGUGUUUGCCUGCCUCAGAACCUUCGAGUAACGUGUGGCUUGAUCACGAGAAGAACCACAGCAUGGUCUUGCAGGCGAUAGUGGAUGCUGACAUGAGGUUCCGUGACAUAGUCACCGGCUGGCCAGGUAAAAUGAAGGAUUGGUUGGUGUUUGAGAGUUCAAACUUCUGCAAACUUUGUGAUAAAGGAGACAGGUUGAAUGGUAAGACAUUACUUGUCUCUGAAGGAUGUGAAAUAAGGGAAUAUAUUAUUGGCGAUUUAGGCUAUCCUCUACUGCCUUACCUCCUUGUCCCCUAUGAAGGAAAAGAGCUCGCCGAGCCAAAGGCGAAUUUUAACCGGCAGCAUUUCGCGACGCGGAUGCUGGGGCAGAGGGCGCUGAUGAGGCUAAAGGAGAUGUGGAAAAUCAUUCAAGGAUCAAUGUGGCGGCCGGACAAACACAGGUUGCCGAGGAUCAUUCUGGUUUGCUGCUUACUUCACAACAUUGUUAUCGAUAUGGAAGACGAGGUGCAGGAUGAGCUUUCUUUGGCUCACAAUCACGACUCCGGUUACCAUCAACUGAUAUGUGGAGCUUCAGAUGCAAAGGGAGCAUCACUGAGAGAAAAGCUCUCUCUCUACUUGACUAGAAUUCUGCCUCCAUGAUCAUCAUACUCUGUUACUUUUUGAAAUUCAUAGUCUAUUCAAGUUGAGGUUUUAGAGCAAUCGGAUUUUAGAGUAAAAUGGAAAAUCAUAGUUACUUGCUUGCGUGCAUUUUCAUUUUCUGUUUUCAUUUUUGUGUUUUCUGUUUUCAAAAUUUCGUGAAAGAAAAAGAAAAUAGAAGAUAAAAACAGAAACAGAAUUGUAUUGUUUUCACUAUUUUUCUUUUUCUCUUUACAAAAUUCUAAAAACAGAAAACAGUCAAACUGGAGAAAAAAAUGAAAAUGUGAACGAAACGCAGCUAAAUUUUUUCCUUUCAUCCUUUUCCCUCUAAAAUCUCAGCUUACAAAUACACCUCGCUUGUGAUAUUGAUCUUUCUCUUUGAUUUCUUUGAGGAUCAAUGUAGUGGUAAACUCAUGUCAACUUAAAUUUCUUAGUAGAAUUAACAGAGUUGAUCAUAACUAGGUCAAUUGUACUUGGAUUUGAGUAAUAUUUUCACAUUACAUUCGUGGAUACUAUUUGAAGAAUCAUGUGUAAAUACUUAUGAUUUCAGAUG